AGAGUAAGUGUCCGCAGGUAACUAGGAGUCCUCAUAAAGCAGAAACCACAAUUAUUGACUACGCAUCUGCACUCUCCCCCUCCCUGGUGAAACCCCUGUGUCUUGUGCUCUCUCUCUCUAAAAAUUAAAUGGACUCCCUCCAUCAAACCCCAAACCCUCAUUUCCAAACCCUACAAGACCAAUCCAAUCCACCACCACCACCACCACCGGGGAACCUUGAUUUCAUCCCCGUUUACCCUAACCCCCCCCCUCCUCCUCCUCCAGCUGAAGAACCCCAAUUUCCUGACCCCCACAACCAAGACAAAACCCUAAUUUCAAAUCCUCCACAGUUUUCCCCUGAAAAUGGCCACAACCUCCAAACUACCACCCCAAAACCUGAGAUCCCCAAACCUUUACUUUCCGAGAACGGUGUCGCCAACACUAACAGUGGUGAUAGGGACUAUUCCGGUGGAGAAGAGGAAACCACCAGUCGACGCCGCCGCCGCAGUCGUUGGGACCCACCGGCGGAUUCUGGUACUGAUGGUGGUGGUAAUACUAAUAAUAAUGAUUCGGGUAGCGGUACGAGGAAGCGAAAAUCGAGGUGGGCUGAUGAUGAACCGAAGCCGGUGAUUCAGUUGCCUGAUUUUAUGAAGGACUUUACUGGAGGUAUUGAAUUUGAUCCUGAGAUUCAAGCUUUGAAUGCUAGGCUUUUAGAGAUCAGUAGGAUGUUGCAGUCUGGUUUGCCUCUUGAUGAUAGACCGGAAGGAGCUAGGUCUCCUUCACCGGAACCUAUUUAUGAUAAUAUGGGAAUUAGGAUUAAUACUAGAGAGUACAGGGCAAGAGAGAGAUUGAAUAAAGAAAGACAAGAGAUUAUUUCCCAGAUUAUUAAGAGAAACCCAGCCUUUAAGCCGCCAGCUGAUUAUAGACCCCCUAAGCUUCAAAAGAAGCUUUAUAUACCUAUGAAAGAGUAUCCAGGCUACAAUUUUAUUGGUUUGAUUAUUGGACCGAGAGGGAAUACCCAGAAGAGGAUGGAGAGGGAGACAGGUGCCAAGAUUGUGAUUCGCGGUAAAGGGUCAGUGAAGGAAGGGAGAUUGCAGCAGAAGAGGGAUCUGAAACCAGAUCCAUCAGAGAAUGAGGAUUUGCAUGUUUUGGUCGAGGCGGAGACACAGGAGGCAUUGGAUGCUGCUGCAGGGAUGGUUGAGAAAUUGUUACAACCCGUGGAUGAAGUUUUGAAUGAGCAUAAGAGGCAGCAGCUUAGGGAACUUGCUACUUUGAAUGGAACGAUUAGGGAUGAGGAGUAUUGUAGGUUAUGUGGUGAGCCGGGCCAUAGGCAGUAUGCAUGUCCUUCACGUACCACUACGUUUAAGAGUGACGUGCUUUGUAAGAUUUGUGGUGAUGGUGGACAUCCAACCAUUGAUUGUCCUAUGAAGGGAACAACUGGGAAGAAAAUGGAUGAUGAGUAUCAGAACUUUUUGGCUGAAUUAGGAGGGACUAUGCCAGAAUCUGCAACUAAGCAAACUGCUACCUUGGCUUUGGGGUCAAGUGGUUCUGGAAGCAAUCCUCCUUGGGCUAGCAGUAAUACUGGGGGUCUUGGUAGUGCCAAUCAAGCAGGACUGGGAGCUAAUGGGCUUAAACUUAAAGAAUAUGAUGAUACAAAUUUGUAUAUUGGUUACCUGCCACCUAAUCUUGAUGAUGAUGGUUUGAUUGGUUUGUUUUCGUCUUUCGGUGAAAUUGUGAUGGCCAAGGUCAUUAAGGACCGGAUCACUGGAUUGAGCAAAGGUUAUGGUUUUGUGAAAUAUCGCGAUGUUCAAAUGGCCAAUAAUGCAAUUGCAAGCAUGAAUGGUUACCGCAUAGAUGGUCGAACCAUUGCUGUGAGAGUUGCUGGUAAGCCACCUCAGCCUACCGUCCCCCCCGGCCCCCCUGCAUCAACCAUGCCUGCAUACCCUGUUUCAACUCAACCACUUGGUGCCUAUCAAUCCCAGCAGUUUACAGCAGGCGGUCCCCUUCCGAAUGGUCCACCCACCAGCUACACAGGGGCUCCUGCUAAUUAUACAGGAACUCCGGUUCCAUGGGGAUCGCCAGUUCCUCCUCCUUAUGCUCCUUAUGCUGCUCCUCCUCCUCCACCUCCUCCCGGGUCAGCCAUGUACCCUCCCAUUCCUGGACAGCCCAUGCCUUCUUAUGGCGUACAAUAUCCUCCACUGGUUCAGCCAGUUCCCCCGGGUGCACCAACUCAGACUGUGACGCCUAGUGAGGCUCAACAAAGCUACCCACCAGGGGUGCCAUCUGAAAACAACACAUCUGCUCCGCCUGCAACAUCAAAUGUGUAUGGGCAAUCUGGUGCUCAACCUGCGUACACAACAACUUCUUUGGGUUAUUCAUCUUACUACAGUGCAGUGCCGCCACCUGCUCCCCAACCAACAACUGGCCAUUCACAGGGCAUGGGUAAUGUGCCUUGGGCCUCAAACUUGACUGUGCCACCUCCACAUUCUUCUGCAGAGAAGACAAGCUAUGGUCCAGAUGCAGAGUAUGAGAAGUUUAUGGCAGAGAUGAAAUGAGGCUCUUUUCCAAGUUACUCCCAAUUGAGGACUGAUGUUUAUUGGCGCAACCUGAUUUCUUACCUGUAGCCAUGACUUUGUUGGAAGUUUGGGACUCACAUCUUUAACCUUGCUGUACUGUUAUGACAUUUGCAGAGAUUUGGGCUAGCGAGUUCCCACAGCUACAUCUUGGAGAAGCCACUGAAAGCUUAUAAAUAUUUAUAUUUCUUGUCUUCUUUAUUGAACCUGAUUUUUUUUUUUCUUAUCGAUGUUUGUUGCCUCCUAUUUAAUGUCUCAUCACUAACUUUUAUUUUUAUUAGCUUAAUUGAAUUUUCUGGAAGAACUCACUGACAUUUUUGUGUUACACUUGGUUAUCUUUGGUUUGCUUAACCAUUCUCUCUCUUGGCUGUAAUGUUAUUUUUUAUUGUUGUGCUAUUAUUCACUGUUUCUUUCGAGGAUAAUUGAGGUUAUCCUUGUAACCCUGCUGUUGAAGUGUCCUCUGGUUGGUUCAUCCUAUAUUUCAGGAAGGUGGGCAUGUCUUAGAAUAUGAAUGCCUUUUGGGUAUGUGGAAGAAGCUUUUCAAUUCACGUGUUUGUUCAUUUAUUAACUUCUCUCCUGUUUGCUUGUAAGAUUGUUCUGAUAUCUCUUCCUAGCUUUUACAUGGCAGGUAACAGAUCUCAAAAAUGUACUGGAUUUUGAUAGUGAUACUUUUAUCAAAUACAUGCUAUCAGAUUUAGGAUGUUGUUGAAUAUGGCUCCUGAUGGAGCCAAUUUUUCAUGUGAAUUAAGGGACUUAUCAGUAUUCUGUUUAGCUAAGUCGAUGAAGUGUGAUUUAGGGCCCAUUUAGAGCUGCAGUCUGAAAAGUAGUAGUGUUUCAAGCAUAUGCUUUUGUGAUUGCAGCCCCAAAUGAGCACCUAGUGGAUUGCGGUGAUAAAGUUUGCUUAAAGGUAUUGCAUGAUGAUUUGAAAGCAUUAUUGUCCUGUUGGUGGUAUUUAGUAUUGUUGGUCACUGGGUGGAUCUCAGCCUAAGAAAACAUUUUUUCUCAGCUUUUUUUUUCUUUUUUUCUCUAAAAGCUUAAAUUUCUGCCCACUCUCACCUUUUUUAAUCUACAUGUUCUCACAUCAGAAAACCUUUCUAAACUAAACGUCUGUCAUUUCUUCUUUACCCAUUUGCACCCUUCCUGAAUGUGCAUCUGUAACUCUUUUUAUAUUAACUGGUGAGCAGUGAACAGAUGGAGGCUGCCCAUCUGAUUUCUACAGCUAGAUUUUAGUUUGCAGAUUGGAGCUUUCUAGUAGCUUAACUUUCCUAACAAGUACUCAUAUUUCCAAAUAAAUAAAACUUUGUGGUGAAUCCUCCUUUUUAGCUAGGGGAUUGGUGUUUUGCUUAGCUAAAUUGAUGUGGAGAGACUGAUUUUAGUUGCAGGAAGGUUCUAGAGAUGUGGUAUAAUUGUUGAAAAAAUACUCAAUUAUUUUGUAGUUAAGCUGUUUUACGAUCGGAACCCAUCACUCUGGUUGUUGAAGAACUCUUCAGGGUUCAGUGUUUGCAUGUAUUCAACUUUUAAUUGCAUCAAUUGCUGGUCACUGGCAUAUAUGUUUUCAUGGCAUCUAUAUUCAUUUCUGGCUGUAACAUGGCAUUGUGGUCCUUCGUCUAAAUUAGACCUUUUAACUGGGCAUGGAUGGGGUAGGCAGCUGCUACCUGUAUAUUAUCAGUAUGGCAACAUAUUACCUCAUAUAUAUAUGCAUGCAUCUGCUUCAUUUGCUAAAUUUUGUGUUUGCCAUUAAUUUAUAACCUUAUAUGUUCUAGCUGCAGAUCUUUCUCGCCCACUCUUGACGUGUCAUCUCCCUUAGUUUCUACCUUCCCCCCCACCCUGUCUCUCUCUGAACCAAGAAUAACUGCCUUUUUUUUUUGUUUAUCAUUUGCUGAUCAUAUGUUCUUCUUUAACUAGAUCUUUCAAAUGAUUUUGUUGGUCUUAAAACAGAUCAUCUCAGUCUGUGCUGGUUUAGAGAUGUUCACUGGUAUGGAUGGUGUUGCUGUCUAGGACAUUGUUAUUUUCUAGGAACCUGUCAGAUGCUCAAUCUAACUCCAAUUCUCAUAUUCAGACUUCUAACGCAUGGUUAAAUUCAAGUUUCAUCUGGUUUCAUAUGACAAUCAUUAUAUAAUGCUUUUUAAUUCUUAGAAUGGCUUUCGUGUGAUCUGAUCUGCACAAUAUGGGUGUGAUAGCUUGCUCGCUGAGGGACGGCUUGUGGCGAGGAUGUUUAUAUUCCUUGAUGUUCUUAUGAUUAUUUUUUCCCGAUGUAUUUCAAUUUACGUGCUAACUUUGUUGUGUGCAAGUUGGUCAGGAUUUAGUUCCUUGAGCUGAAAAGAAGUUAUCACAGGCAUCAUGGACCUGCCAGAUAUUUGGUGGUCACCGCCUGAUAUAAUGUUUUAGCUGUUUUAGGGAUGGAAGAGGGUUAUUUCUGUGAUCAAACCCCAUAUUCCGAAUUGGUCGAUAUGCUAAUUAGUUAGUCUGUCAUAUAACUUUCUGUAAUGUAAGCUGUCACUCGUAAUUGUAUUAAAAUAUUUCAUGGUUUCUGGUUCUUCGA